ACAAGGGAAGUAAGAAAAGAACUAGUGUUGGGCAUUGGAGACUCAUUUUUAAAAAGAUUUUGGGUCUAAAGUCUUUUUUUUCUAGUCGUUGGAAGUGUAUAUUUAUCAUAUUACACUUCAAUAACAAAAUGAUUCAUUUCUUUAGUACUUAAUAUAAUCUAAAUUAACACAUGACUCGGAAAUACCUAAUAGAUUUGAUGAGUAUAUUUUGAAGGCUGAUUACUUACCAGAAAAUGAUAAGUCAUUUGGUAUAGUAAUGAUUUGCCUCACUUUUUCAGAAUGAGUUGGACUUGACAUAAACACCGAGAGGGUCAAAAGUCGCUAAAUUUAGUAGUUUUUUUUUAUUUAACAAUUAUUAUUUACGUCAAAUCUCAUAAAUGACGUACCUAUUGAAACCUACCUUUAAAAUAACCGAUGAACUACUAGCUUUAUCAGACAUUACUUUAUUAAAACCCUUCUAUCUUUAACUUAUCUCUAACACUAUCACACCAACGGCUAAACCAAAAGACAACUCCAUAAUUUACUCCUCAUUAUAAUAGAAGAAUACGGGCUUGAGACUCGAGUCCGUAGUCUUUGAGACUCCAGUCCAUCACUAGCCAAGGAUCAUGUGAAUGCAUUAAUGUUGUGGAGCGAUCAUAAUCCGGAGACGGUAAUACGAAACGUGAUCGGGGACAAGGCCCUCAGGAAAUGAGAUAAAAAUUCAACAUUUAUUGGAGAAAAUGCGAAGACGGCUUAUGUCAAUGUUGACGAAACUGUGCCUUUGUCUCAGACGAACGAAUAUAGUUAAAGAUUUCUUAUUUGUGUCACCGAAAGGCGUUUAUUUAUGUUACAUGUUUAUUUUUGGUAUCCUUUUUUUAUAUCAACUGCGAGGAAAGCUAACAUAAUCGAGAAACUCUAUUAAAAAAAUCGAACUUACUUUCAAACAACAUCAAAGUCUUUUAUUAAAGCUAUUAGGCCCAAAAGUCUUGACUCGAAGUCUCCGUUCAGAUAGUGACAGGUUGCUAGUCCAUCGCCCAAAAAUAAAUACCUGUUCUAUUCUGGAUCAAAGGCCUGGUAUUCCCAAUUAAGUACUUGCUUCUUAAAUUAGUUAAUACUUCAAUUUCUUUUAAAAUAAGGCUAAUUUUUUCAGUUCUAAGUUAAUUUCUAUCGACGAAAAUUGUUUAGUACUGUAAUGGGUCGGAAAAGUGUUUGGAAUUGAAAUAAAUUAAGAAAAAUGAAAACUAGUACUUGAGUCGAAGAAAAAUGAUUUUUACAAUAUUUGGUUAAGACUUAAAUGAACUUAAUUUAUAUUGCGCUCAUUGUUCUGCGAUGUAAAAAAACAAUUUAUUUUUUUUUUCACCAAAGUUCCAUCAAUAAAAUAAAAUUAAAUAUCUUUUUCACAACUGGCCAGCAACACAACAAGCAGUAAUUCAAAGAGGUUAAGAUAUUUCGUAGGAGUUUGAACAAUAAUGAUUAUCAUUUUACUAUUUUGGGUUUUAUAGAUAAACACGGAUCAAUUUAACUUAAUCAGAAAUAUAGAUAUAUCUAUUUGCGAAGCGUCAACACAAAAUAAUCUUUAUUUAUCGUCUUAUCAAUUUUCUACCGUGAUAUCAAAUAAUGAUUCAUUAUUGGUCUAUAAAUGGUUUAAUUGGGCCGACAUCUUUAUCAUUUCAAGAUGUGGAAGUUCACACUGAUAUGUGCGGUUUUAGGCGCUGUGCUAGCACAGAGUGGUGAAGAUUCGCUCGUGGUAAAUAUAAAGCAGGGCCCAGUGCGUGGUUAUAGGCAUCCUAACACCACCGUCUUUACGUUUUAUGGCAUACCUUAUGCUACGGCUCCUAAAGGAAGGCAGAGGUUUAUGCCGCCCCUGCCGCCUCCGCAAUGGACGGACACAUUUGAAGCAGUGAAUAAAUUCAUUUUCUGCAUACAACCAGGUCUGCUCUCCGUCGCUCAAGAAGACUGCUUAGUAGCCAACGUAUACGUUCCAGAAACAGAAGAAAGGAAUCUUCCUGUAAUGGUAAUAGUCCAUGGAGGGGCUUUCCAACACUUAUUUGGCGCCAUUCAAGAACCAAAUAGCAUGAUUGAAUAUUCUAAUAUGGUAGUCGUGUCGUUUAAUUACCGGCUUGGAGCACACGGAUUUCUCUGUCUUGGCACAGAAGAGGUACCAGGCAAUGCUGGUAUGAAAGAUCAAGUUGCAUUACUUAAAUGGGUGCAAGAAAAUAUAGGAUACUUUGGAGGUAAUCCUAAUGACGUCACUAUUCAUGGAUGCAGCGCCGGCGGAAUGUCUGUUGAUUUCCUAUCACUAUCACCAAUAGCAGAUGGUCUAUUCCACAAAAUCAUAGCAAGCAGUGGUGCCAAUACUGGACCUCUUGGAGUUCAAAUGGAUCCUUUGGAAAAUGCGAAGAUCUACGCUAAAGCCCUAGGAUUUGAUCGUGUGGAUGAUAUAGAUGCUUUAGAAGAGUUCUACAAAACGGCUUCUUACGAAACAUUAGUUUCACAACUUGAUGUAAUAGUUAAAAGAUCUGAUUCAUCGGUCUUAUUCGCGGCCUGUGUAGAGGCUGAUCACGGCUCUGAGAGGUUUCUAGAAGAUGCUCCUUUCAACUAUUUAAGAAAGCGAAAUCUUACCAGAUAUCCAAUGUUGUAUGGAUAUGCGGAUUUGGAAGGAUUAAUUCAAAUGGAAAACUUUGACGAAUAUAAAACUAUGAUGAAUGAUAAUUUUCUAGAUUUUUUGCCGGCUGACUUACAAUUUGAUACCGAUGCGCAACGAAAAGAGAUUGCUGAGAAAAUUAAAAAUUUCUAUUUUGGAAACGAUGAUGUAAGCGCGAGUAAUAUUAUGGGUUUUAUAGAUUUCUACACGGAUGUUAUUUUUGCAUAUCCCAUGCUGCGAACUGUAAGAAUGCAUUCUAAUUUUGGUAACAAUCCGGUAUAUUUGUAUGAAUAUAAUUUCGCGGACAAUAACACUGCUUUUGUUCUUAAUACGACGGAGCGAGGUGCUAACCACUGUGAUCAAACUAAAGCACUUUUCGACGAGAAUGAUAGUGAUAACAAUUUUACAGAAGAAUAUUUGCAAAAUAAGAAAUUCGUCACAGAACUGUUUAGCAACUUCGUGAAAUUAGGGGUACCAGUACCUCCAGGGUCAUCACUGCCAGCGUGGCUGCCAGCCAACGCCCAGAGAAGUCCCCACAUGUCCAUCGGGACCACUUUACAGAUCCAGGGGCCACUAAACCAAAGACGAGCACAGUUCUGGGACGCCAUAUAUGACCAACACUACAAAUUACCUGUUCCACCAAAACCUAGCGAUGCUCCACAGCUGAUGAUAAGCGUGUCCUUAGUGAUGAUGACUUGGUUGAUAAAUUUGAUGAGUUAAUAUGAUUGUGUUUGUCUGUUCGUCCGCUGUUUGUAUUUGUUAGAAAUCUUUACGAUCUCAAUUCUAUCAUAAAGCCACACAGCUGAACGUGGCCGGUCUCUUCGGGACUGUUGGCUCUGUCUAUCCCGCAGGGGAUAUAGAUGUGACUAUAUGUAUGUAUGUACUAUAUGGUUGACCGUAUUACUUGUCCUUACCAAAAGGAUGUUAUGAGUGAGUUAAUUUAUAAAAUCUCUUACUGGGCGUGCCGUGUGGUACCGGGCACUUAAGAAUAAGACCACUCUAUCUUCACUCUUUCCUCUUAUGUUCACUCUUUCAUUUUUUAUCAUGUAACUUGUCAUUUGGUGUCGUGUGGUUCCCGGCACCAAUAUAAAAAGAAUAGGACCACUUCAUCUAUUUCCUACGGAUGUCGUUAAAGGCCAAGGGAUAGACUUAUAAACUUGGGAUUCUUAUUUUAGGCGAUGGGCUAGCAACCUGUCACUAUUGAAUCUCAGUUCUAUCAGUAAGCCUAACAGCUGAACGUGGCUUAUCAGUCUCUCAAGACGUUGUUUGUUUGUUUGAACGCGCUAAUCUCAGGAACUACUAGUUCGAAUUGAAAAAUUAUUUUUGAGUUGAAUUGACCAUUUAUCGAGGAAGGCUUUAGGCUAUAUAACAUCACGCUACAACUAUUAAGAGCGAAGAAAUAAUGGAAAAUCCUUGAGGGCUUCAAUGAUGCCCAAAAUAACUAUUCCAUGCGGACAAAGUCGCGGGCACAGCUAUAUUGAAUAAAACAAUAACAAAGUGUUUAAAAUACAUUUUUGUUUCUGAAUGAAACCUCCUCUAAAUAAAAAGUGGGGAAAUCCCUUAAAAUGUUUGAUAGUUAUAUAUUUAUAGUACUUAAAUAUUUGAAAAUAUUGUGAAAUUUAUAAUAAGUACCUAGUCUUACAAUUUGUGAAAUACUGAUGUGCACGUCUGUGCACAUCAGUAUUUCACAAAUCUGUCCACUUAGUGUCUACUAAGUGGACUAUCUUCUUUUGUUAUUCUAAAAAAGAUAACCAAGUCGCUAUCAACAUUAUUUUCAUAAGUAGUUCCAUGUAAGCAUUUGUACGAGUAUUAAGAAAUUACUGAAAAUGUAUAAUUACGAGAGCGAAUUUCCGUGUGUUUUAAGCCACUUUAGAAUAAAACCACUCCUUGUCUCUUCCAUUGAUGUUCUUAAAAGCGACUAAGGGAUAGGAUAACUUUGGAUUCCCCUUAUAAGCGAUGGGCUAGCAAACUGUCACUAUUUGAAUCUCAAUUCAAAAGCCAUUCAGAUAAACGUGGCCCAUUGAGUCUUUUCAAGAUUGCUAGCUCUGACUACCCCGCAAGGGAUAUAGACGUGACUAUAUGUGUGUGUUUGAACGAGAAGCUAUUGUAAAAAGUAUUAUAUAAUACAACAGUAAGUAGUACUCUCGAAUGGACAACAAACACAAAGCCUUUUUUAGAUUUAAAUAAAAUGCAAAGUAAAUAAGUUCUCGGAA